GUUCUGAUUGGACUCACUAACCUUUCGCUCUCACUCCACUUCAUUGCCCCCUUCUCUCUUAAGUCUUAAGUCUUAACUCUCUUUAAAAAUUCUUUGCUUUCCCAAAACCCCCCAAGUACUAUAAGAAGUAAACCCAGAAGCCCAAAACCCCACAGAACACAAACACAAACAUCACACUCAACUCAAACCCCAAAAAGCUGAACAAUUUCCCAUUGCCCAUGUUUAGUGAUGGAAAAUGGAAAAUCCCCGGCUGAUGUGGUCAAGAAGACAAACCUUGCACCUAAAUCUAUUAUAUUCCAAAAGUUUGGUAGCAAGGCUUGCUAUAAGGUAGAGGAAGUACAGGAAUCUUCUGAAAAGGGAUGCCCAGGAUUGGCCAUCCCACAGAAAGGGCCCUGUAGUUACCGCUGCAUCUUGCAGCUGCCAGAAAUUACAAUUGAGUCAGGAAUAUUUAAGAGAAAGAAGGAUGCUGAGAAAUCUGCUGCAGAGAUGGCUAUAGAGAAGCUAGGCAUCCAAAUUUCAACUGAUAGUCCCACUCCACAGGAAGCAUCAGAUUUAUUAGUUGAACGUCUCACAUAUCUAUUCUCAAAUGAGUUCCUCUCAUCUGAUCCACCCCACCCCCUUAGUGGUCACUUAAGAGCAGCUUUGGAGAGAGAAGGUGAUCUUUGUGGGUUGGUUCCGCUUUCUGUCAUGGCUGUCUAUGAUUCAAAGCUUAACAGUCUUUGCAAAUGCAUCAAUCCAAAGGUGGAAUCAAAUCCAUUCUUGGUUAUUCCAUUGAUUAUGAGGGCCGCUUCAAGAUUGUCUGAGUUUGUUGCUACUUCUGAGGGGCAGCUUUCGAUUUGGAGGAAAAAUUUAUACCCUCCUGAAGUUAUAGAGUCAUCGGUUGACCAACAAUCUGGCGCCCCACAAAGCACUUUAGUUGAAGCCAUACGUAUUCCAUGUUCACAGGAAAAGGCCAUUGAACUUGUGAUUCUUGAUAUUUCCUCAACAGGGUAUUACCUGGAUGUUAUUGCCAAAAAACUUGACUUAGCAGAUGCUGCUAAGGUUCUGAUCUCCAGGGCUAUUGGUAAAGCUUCUUCUGAGACAAGAUUGUACUUCGCUGCUCAUCAGUCAUAUCUGAUAGAGCCAUCAUCAGAUCAUCCUAAUGCAAAAGAAGCUCUUCAUUCUGAAGUAUCAUUAAAUGCAAGGGCAAGUUAUUUGUCCAGUCAAGAUAUAUAUGGUGAUGCAAUUUUGGCAUCCAUUGGAUUCACUUGGAGGUCCAAAGACCUUUUCUAUGAAGAUGUAUCCGUGCAAUCAUAUUAUAGGAUGCUCAUAAGUAAGAUACCAGGUGGAAUUUACAAGCUGUCCAGAGAAGCAGUACUAACAGCAGAGUUUCCUUUGGCAUUCACUACAAGAACAAAUUGGAGGGGUUCGUUGCCAAGAGAUGUCCUGUUUACAUUCUGUCGUCAGCAUAGGCUAUCUGAACCAGUCUUUUCUCCUAUAAGUACUCCUUUAAAAGCAGUGUCUGAGUCACCUGGAUCAAGCAAGAAGUUGAAGGUUACAGACUCAUCUGAAGAAGAGACAGAACGUGCAAGUGGAGGUGCUAUUUCUACUGAUGCCAGGGAAUCAGUUGAAUCAGCAGUCAGCUAUCAAUGUGAAAUAAAAAUAUUUUCGAAGAGUCAGGAUUUGAUUAUAGAAUGUUCCCCCAAAGAUUCGUUUAAGAAGCAGAAUGAUUCCAUCCAGAACACUUCUUUAAAAAUUAUCUCCUGGUUAAACAUGUAUUUUAAGGACCUAAACUUGCCUUCAGAGAAGCUAAAUAGUACUGCCAAUGUCCUCGAUGUUCAAUUUUCUCAUGAAAAUUUUCUUAAGGAGUUUGUGUUGUCUCGAUCAAUUCAUACUGUUCACCAUGCAGAGACUGAAGGGGUCAAAUUUCUAGAACCAAACACUAUGAGUAUGCUAAAUACUAUGCCAGAACAAGGAGUUCAAUCUUUAAACAUUGAGGGACCAGAUUCUGGUGUCUGCCCUUCCAAUGGAUCCUUGUUAUGUAUUAGUUAUUCUGUUUUUUUGGUAACAGAAGGUGAACAUAUGAAGGAAAAUCUUGAAAGUAAUUCCAAGUUUGAGUUUGAGAUAGGGGUUGGAGCAGUGAUUCCCCGUCUUGAAUUAGUUGUGACUCUGAUGUCCAUUGGUCAGUCUGCUUGUUUUAAAACAGAGUUGCCCCCUGAAGAGUUUAUUUUAGCUGCAGCUGUUAAUUCUGCAAGGACUCUUUCAUUGUUAUCUUCAAAAUCCUGCUGCUUGGAGUAUUCUAUAAGAUUGUUGCAGGUAACAGAACCUCUGGAAGACAGAAUGGAGCAGGCUCUUUUCAGCCCUCCACUUUCAAAGCAACGUGUGGAAUAUGCAGUGCAACGCAUCAAAGAAUCUGGUGCCACUACUUUGGUUGACUUUGGAUGUGGCUCUGGUAGUUUAUUGGAUUCGUUAUUAAAUUAUCCAACUGCUCUGGAAAAAAUUGUUGGUGUUGAUAUUUCACAGAAGAGUUUAGGUCGUGCAGCAAAGAUUCUUCACUCAAAACUGAGCAACAAUACAGGCAUCAAUUCUGCCGUUCUUUAUGAUGGUUCCAUCACAGAUUUUGAUUCCCGAUUAUGUGGGUUUGAUAUUGGCACUUGCUUAGAGGUUAUUGAGCAUAUGGAAGAAGAUCAGGCAUGUCUGUUCGGAGAUGUUGUGCUGAGUUGUUUUUGUCCAAAGGUUCUUAUUGUUUCAACUCCAAACUAUGAAUACAAUGUGAUACUCCAGAAAUCUAGUCCAUCAAGCCAAGAAGAGGAUCCAGAUGAGAAAACCCAGUCACAAUCCUGUAAAUUUCGCAACCAUGACCACAAAUUUGAGUGGACUAGAGAGCAGUUCAACCACUGGGCAACUGAAUUAGCUGCAAAGCACAAUUACAGCGUUGAGUUCAGUGGGGUAGGUGGAUCUGCUGACUCGGAACCAGGGUUUGCUUCCCAGAUUGCUGUCUUCAGAAGAAUUUGCCCUCCUCAGGGAGAUGAUCUUUUUAAGAAUGCAGAUACAGAACAUCAUUACCAAGUUAUAUGGGAGUGGAGUAGUUCAACAUCUUCUAGCUGACAACUUCAUCUUCCUUAUACAGUCCAUUUGGAACGUGUCGACCGGGGUUUUGUGUUUAAUUUUAUUAGAGCUUUAGGCCUCCUAGAUUGAGUAACCAAUGUUUAGGUAGGGAAAUAUUUAUUGGAUCAAAAAGAAAAUGCAUGUGUAUGCAUACAGACGUGCCCCCAAAACUAAAGCAAUUGCUUGUCCCUUGCAAAUUCAUUGUUGGCUCUCUUCUUUCAAUUGCUUAAUAUAGACUUAUUUUGACCCAUA